UUGUUUGCUCCUCAGAUUCAAAAAUAUGGAGAAAUGUUAAAACCGACACCUACACUAACAAAAAAGGAAACAAAUAAAAAUAAAGAAGAAGAAAAAAGGUUAAAGAAAAGGGAAUAUAAUAAAAAUAACUACCAGAAAAAUAAAGAUAAAAGAACGGAAUAUGAUCGAAAAUAUCGGGAACAGAAUAAAGAGAAAAGAAAAGAAGUUGAUCGAAAAUAUCGGGAGAAGAAUAGAGAAAAAAGAAAAGAAACUGAUCGAAAAUAUCGGGAGAAGAAUAAAGAAAAAAGAAAAGAAACUGAUCGAAAAUAUCGGGAAGAGAAUAAAGAGAGAAUAAGCGAAAGGAGGAAUUCUGCAAAUUAUAAACAAUAUAAAAAAGAAUAUGAUCGAAACCAUAGAGAAGAGAGGAAAGAAUAUAACCGAAUGCGCCGGCAGAAAAAGAAUAAUCAAAAAGAAAUUCAUGGAAAUGGUAUUUUAAAAAUGAAAAAGGUUCAAUCUGAUAAUAAUUUAGGAACUUCUAUUAAUUCACCGAAUAAUAAUUCUGAA